GCGGCCGCCGGGCGCUUGGCACCAACCGGGCUAUAAAGGGGCUCUCCAGCGCUGGAGGGACACACUCCAGCACGGGCCACACUCCGCACGCUCCGCAGACCAGCUCGGCCGCUCGACCAACCCAACAACACCCAACCAUGAACGGUCUCUUCGCACUGACCCUGGUCGCGACGCUGGUGGCGGCGUGCAGCGGCGGCCUGCUGAACCACGGCGGGCAUUAUGGCGGCGCCACGUCGUACCAGAACGUGCACAUCGAGAGCCACGGCUCCGUGCCUGUGCCAGUGGCGUCUGCACACCACGGAGGUUUCGGCGGCGGACACGGCAUCGCUCUCGCUGACGGAGGUCACCACGGACUGGAGCUGGGAGCUGGUCUUCUCCAGCACGAUGGAGGCCUGGGCUUGGCAGCCAUCGGCGGCGGACACGACUUUGGAGGACACCUGGAAGGCGGCUUCGACGGCGGCUACGGAGGCGGCCUCCACCACUAACCCUUUCACACUCUAGCCCUCCAUCACUAGACAUCAACUACCCUCACCAACACGUAUUCCCAGCCCUCGACUGCUAGUUGCGCACUUCUGUGAUCAACGUCGUCACCACAUCAUUCACCUUCCAUCCACAUCCAAACUUCUAUUCACGUUCAUGAUUCAUCAACAUGAGCGACACGGCCUUUUCUCAUCACAUGCAAGCACUAAACAUUCCUUCCGCCUUCCAUUGUUCAUUACAUCCGACGUGUCUUGGCUGCACAGUACCAAGAACGUACACCUCUCCCACCUCGUGUAGUCAGCAAACUCAUGGUUAAGCCACUCGAACAUCAACGUAUUCACCAACUGGCUUCAAUUCCAUAAUUGGUGUGAGGAUGCAGAAAAACAGUAUUAUCAUUUUGUAAUGAAGAUUUGUAGAAAAAAAUAGUAAUAAAAAUCUUUUAUGUCGAGA